AUGGGCGACGAUAUACCACAGCUUACCGCGCCGCCGCCGGCUUUCGAAUCAGAUAUCCAUAAGCAUACCCAUCCUUCGAGCCCCAAAAGGCGAGACCGACAUCACUACAGUUCAAGCGAACAUCGCCAUAGAAAGUCAGAAGACGGACAUAUUACCGCCACGAUGAAUACCGUCGACAUCGAGCCACCUGUCUAUGCUAAGAUUUCCCCAUCAACCGAAAAAGAGAAGGUCGAACAAAGACCGAGAAGAUGGGCAAGCCGGAGGUAUCCAUCCCGCGAUCUGGAAAGUGGAACAAGUGGUAGUGAGACCAUGGUAUCCUCCGGAGCAAGGCAUUAUUCCACUCGAUCAAUGCCAUUAUUUGACGAUGAGUACUUCUACAACUACGGUAGACAGCCUCGAAUGAGCCGCUGGCAGAAGUCCGAGAUGAAAUACCGACGUUGGUUGGACACUAUGACACAACGACGCAGAACAAAGCUGGUUUUCCAAGUCAUGUUGGCAGGGAUGAUCGUGGGUAUACUUUUGGGGCUGGCAUUUGGCAUUUCAGAUGAAUAG